AUGUCUUCAGUGUUCCAGCCCGCCCCGGAACCCGAGACUGAGCUCGGUCGUUAUCGCGUCCUCUCCAGCACCGCCGGUGUCCGUGUUUCGCCCCUCUGCCUUGGCGCCAUGUCGAUUGGCUCCGCCUGGUCCGACGUCAUGGGUUCCAUGGACCAGAAGCAAUCCUUCAAGCUCCUCGACGCCUUCCACGACGCGGGCGGGAACUUCAUUGACACGGCCAAUAACUAUCAAAACGAGGAGUCCGAAAAGUUUAUUGGCGAGUGGAUGGCUGCUCGGCACAACCGCGAUCUCAUGUUUGUGGCGACCAAAUUCACCUCGCAAUACCGCGUGUGGGAGUUAGGCACGGGAAAGACGGUGAAUUACUCGGGGAACCAUAAGAAGUCGCUUUUUCUUUCGGUUCACGAUUCCUUGCGUAAGCUGCAAACCAGCUAUAUCGACCUCCUCUACGUCCAUUGGUGGGACUGGACUACUUCGAUCGAAGAGUUGAUGGAUGCCCUUCACAUUCUCGUCGAGCAAGGCAAGGUCCUCUAUUUAGGCGUCUCUGAUACUCCGGCUUGGGUUGUGUCGGCCGCCAAUACUUACGCACGAGCCCAUGGAAAGACGCCCUUCUCUGUCUACCAGGGCCGUUGGAACAUUCUAAUUCGCGACUUUGAACGUGACAUCAUCCCCAUGGCGCGCCAAUUCGGCAUGGCUCUCUGUCCCUGGGACGUACUUGGCGGAGGCAAGUUGCAGACCUCGAAGCAACUCGAGGCGCGCAAGAGGGCCGGCGAGGGUCUCCGGUCAAUGUUCGGUUCUGAGCAGAGCGAAGAUGAGCGCAAGGCAAGUGAGGCUCUCGAGAAGGUCGCUGCCGAACAUGGAACCGAGAGUAUCCAACAGAUUGCCCUCGCGUACGUCAUGCAGAAGACGAGGAAUGUCUUCCCAAUGGUUGGGGGCAGGAAGGUCGAAUAUUUGCAGGAUAACAUCAAGGCGCUGAGCAUCCACUUGACCGACGAGCAAAUUCAACUUAUUGAAAGCGUCAAGCAGUUCGAUCUUGGUUUUCCGAUGAACUUUAUCAAGGAUGACCCGAAGGAGACGGGUGUCGCUCCGCCCUUGGUCGCUUCUUCGGCUCACAUCGCCUGGCAAAAAGCCCCCAAGCCAAUUGGGCAUGAGUAA